AUGAAAACCUGUAACUCCAGUGAGCUGGCCUCGGGCGUGGAGCCGGGCGCGCGGUGCGGGAGCGGAGCGGGCUGUGCCGUGCGGUGCGGCUCGGAGAGGAUGGAGAACGCUGCCAGGAGGAGGCUGGCUGCCAACGCCCGCGAGAGGCGGCGCAUGCAGGGCCUCAACACGGCCUUCGACCGCCUGAGGAAGGUGGUUCCGCAGUGGGGGCAGGACAAGAAACUGUCCAAGUACGAGACCCUGCAGAUGGCUCUGAGCUACAUCAUGGCCCUGACCAGGAUCCUGGCCGAGGCCGAGAGGUUCAGCACUGAGCGAGAGUGGCUCGGCCUGCACUGUGAGCACUUCCACGGCAACAGCUACCACCGCUACCCGGCACCGAAACCCGCGGGCGACGGCGAGCCCUACGCGCACAGGGUGUUCAGCUACCACCCCGAGCACUUCCAGAUAGCUAACUAG